AUGGCAAAAGACAUGCAUGCCUCCACCGGAGAAUCCUGGAAGGACAUGGCUGCUGCUUUCACCAAGCUGCCCGACUUUCAAAAGGCGAACCCCACGACCAAGCGUCUGAUUGCAAGGAUGGAUGAGGUCUACCCCGUCCGUGAAGCCACUGGCAUACUCGACAAUGGCUGCGGUGCCGGUGCUCUUAUUUCUUACAUCCUGGAUGAGUAUGGGUCACAGCUGCCGCCCGAUGCGACAAUCAUCGGAGCCGACUUCAGCGAGCACAUGGUCAAGGCACUGUCCGACAAGCAGAAGACGAGAAUCGACGGAGGCCAAGAGGUAUGGAAGCGGCUUCAACCCCGACAGAUCGAUGCCCAUGACCUGUCAUCUGUCAUAGGAGCUGGCUCUCUUUCGCACGUCGUGGCCGGUCACGUCUUCUUCCUACUCGCAGACGCCCGCAAGGCUCUCCGCCAAGCACACCUUGUCCUGCAGUCCGGCGGAAUUCUAGCCAUUUCCCACGGCUACGAAAGCCAACACAUCGAUGCCAUUCAGGAUGCAGUGGAAUCCGUCAGACCCGGAACUCAGUUGAAGAUGGUCCGUAAAGAGUGGUCUACGGAGGAAGCCACUAAGGCCGAGUUGGAAGAGUGUGGCUUCGAGGAUGUUGAAAUAUUCUUCGUUGAUAACGAGAUGGGAUACGAAAAGAUCGACGACUUUGCCAGCAUGCUGGUACGAAUGCCCGUCAUGCAGAAUGUCGUCGACGACUACAGUACGGAUGAGAAACAGCGACUGGUGCAGCAAUUGGCUGGAAAUUUGAGGCAGGCGAAUCCCAAAGAACCAGGAAAGUUGAGAGGCCGCAAUCUGAGCGCAUAUACGUCCUACACCUGGUACAUAGCUGGAUUCUUUCUUGUUUGCGGCACUGCACUCAUCUACGACUCCGCCGUCCGAAUCGAGACCGAAGAGCCUGUGCCGACCGCCGUUGAGUUCGUCGAAGCCUCUCCCACCACCUCACACGACCCCUUCUUCACCAGCAUGCCCAUCGCUCCGGGCCACAGGGGCAACCUGACUGCAGACCAGGAAGCAAAACUACGACAACUAUGGACUCUGACUCUACACACGUUUGGCGUACAGGACCCCAAUCAUCCAAAUGGAACAGCCGCGCUCGAUGACACACCCACAAAUUCCGAAGCAGAGGGCAAAGAGAAGAAGAAGAAAUCCCGACUGGGCAUAUUCGGUCGCAACAAGCAUGACGACCACAGCGCAUCACCCAAGGUUGGCGCGACCGACGAGUCCGACGACAAGUACGGCCAAGUCAAAGAAUACCACCAGAUCCUCUCUACACAGACGCCAGAGUCGCUCCGAACAGCCUUUUGGUCUAUGGUCAAGGCAGACCAUCCAGAUGCUUUAUUGCUCCGAUUUCUGCGGGCGCGGAAGUGGGACGUGAACAAGGCGCUUGUCAUGCUUAUUAGUACCAUGUCAUGGCGAGGCAAUGAAAUGCAUGUUGACGAUGAUGUGAUCUUACAUGGCGAGUUGGGCGCACUAAACGACUCGAGAUCGAGCGACGCUGCUGUGAAGCGAGAGGGACACGAUUUCCUCGAGCAGAUGCGACUGGGAAAGAGCUUUCUGCACGGCGCAGACAAAGAGGGCAGACCGCUGUGUAUAGUUCGCGCGAGGUUACAUCAUGGAGGCGACCAGACAGAGAAGAGCUUGGAAAGGUACACAGUCUUCGUGAUUGAGACAGCGAGGUUAUUGUUGAGGCCGCCUGUCGAGACAGCGACAAUUCUAUUCGACAUGACGCAUUUCACCAUGGCCAACAUGGACUACACGCCUGUCAAGUUCAUGAUCAAAAUCUUCGAAGCCAACUACCCCGAAUCGCUGGGAAAUGUCCUUGUACACAAAGCGCCAUGGCUUUUCCAAGGCAUAUGGAAGAUCAUCAAGGGCUGGCUUGAUCCUGUCGUAGCAGCCAAGGUGCACUUUACAUCGUCAGUGGAGGACCUAGAACAAUUCAUCGACAGAUCAAAAAUCCUCAAGGAGCUCGGUGGCGAUGAGAAUUGGGAAUACGUGUUUGUAGAGCCACAAGACGGCGAGGAUAAGCUGAUGCAGGAUGAGAGUGCAAAGAAGCCGCUAAACGAGGAAAGGCAGAAGAUGGUUCAAGAGUUCGAAAAGGACACCUUUGAAUGGAUUAGGCAAUGUGAAGGACCAAAACCGACUCCGGAAGCAGAGACGACGAAGCACCAGAGAGAUGACAUUGCGACUCAGCUGCAUGACAACUACUGGAAGCUGGAUCCUCAUAUCAGAGCAAGGACGCUGUAUGAUCGGGUAGGCAUGAUCGAGCAGGAUGGGAAGAUCAACUUCUAUCCUAGCCACAAGGAAGCGAAGCAGACGGUCGAGGCACAGGCAACAAAUCCAAGUGAUGUCGAUUAG